AGAAUUUCUGAAAUACACUGUCACUAAACAAAUUUAAAAGGAGUUAAUAAAAAUUAUAUAACUAAGGCUGAGCUAUAAACAUCCUAUAUUUAAUACAAAUAAUUUAUUUUUACUUUAAAAAUAAUGAAUAAAUUUUUGACGAUGUUUCUCCUGGUAAUCCUAAAUUUCUCUGUAUUCGAUGCUGUUGCCAAGGAUUAUACUAAUACCGAUCCGAAAAAUCAGGAUAAAGUUGAAUGCGUGGAUAUAUAUGAUCCUAACACUUGCUUCCAGGUGACCCGUGGGGGUUUGUGUCCAGCCAUCGGAAAAUAUUGUAAAAGAUCUUGUAAUUCUGUUUGCAAAUAUGACCCAGUAGAUGAUAAAAAGUUUAAAUGCUUGGAUCACCCUGAAAUCUGUAAAUUGGUUGUUGAGAAUGAGGAAUGUUCAGGAGCUCAACUCAUGUAUUGUCCCAAAUCUUGCGAAUCGAAAUGCAAAAUAUCAUAAUUAAAAAAUAUAUCCCACGAAUUUAUUUUCAAAUUUUCUAAUAUGUUAUUAAAAUAAAAUGAAUAUAUUAAUGAUGGGGAUAUUGUUUAUUCAAAAUAUUAAUUAAUAGAA